AUGGAGAAGAUUGUCAACACUGCCAUAGUCAAUCAUCUUGAGCCUGAAAAGGCUCUGUCCAUCCACCAGUACGGAUUCCGGCAGGGGCUCAGCACAUCUGACCUUCUCACGUCUCUCAACCACUCCUGGGUCUCCGAAGUCAACCGUGGUGGCGCAGUCCGCGUGCUGGCUGUAGACAUAGCAGGAGCAUUCGACAAAGUUUCACACCGAGGCGUGCUCCACAAGGCUGCGUCAUACGGCAUCACUGGUCCCCUCCUCAACUGGCUGUCUGACUACCUGUAUGACAGGAAGUUGCAGGCAGUAGUCGGCGGAGCAUCUUCAGAACCAUACAAGAUUGAUCGGCUGGGGUCCCACAAGGGAGCAUCCUUGGGCCCACACUGUUUUUGCUGUACGUGA